AUGGCUACCCCGCCUCCUGGUGCAGCGGAGGUCGUAGUCCCCGUACACGAUGGUGAGAAGAAAGGGGCCACCGAGCAGCAGAUCGACCCUUGGAAUGUUGAAGCUGGGCAUGACGCUCAAGGAAAUGCUCUUGCUAUUGACUAUCUUGCGCUUUCGCAGAAAUGGGCGACCAAGUUAAUAGAUGACGAGCUCCUCCAACGCUUCGAGCGUCUUACUGGCCACAAACCCCAUCGCUGGCUGAGGCGCGGCCUUUUCUUUUCUCAUCGCGAUUUCGACAAUAUCCUCAAUAAAUACGAGCGGGGGGAGCCUUUCUUCAUGUAUACGGGGAGAGGCCCUUCAACGGAUGCGCUACAUUUGGGUCAUACGAUCCCUUUCUCGUUCACAAAAUGGCUACAGGAUGUAUUUGAUGUUCCAUUGGUGAUUAUGCUUACAGGUGAGCAGCUCAAAGACGACGAAAAGGCCCUUUUUAAGGACAAUCUCACAUUCGAAGAUACAUAUAAGUUCGGGUUGCAGAACGCGAAGGAUAUCAUCGCUUGCGGGUUUUGA